CCUUUGCUGGCUGUCAGGAAACCCAGCCUCUUUCCCUGAAGGCCAGAUCCCAAGCAGCCCCAGUCUCCCGGAGUGCAGCCCACAGAGACAGGCACAGGUACCAGAGAGGAAAUCGUGACGUGUGUUCUGGGCAGGGUUGAGGUUUUGGAGCCUUUUCUAAAAGGGACAGAGAGCAGCACCCUGCAGCAUUUCCUAAUUGCGAGGCUGGCGUGCUGGGGAGAGCGGCUCAUCAUGCAGGCGCUGCCCACGUGCGGGAGGCUGGGCCUGGCCCUAGUCCUCAUCCUGGCUCUGGGAUCUUCAGUGCAAGGUUACCCUAUGCGGAAAGCCAGGUACCAGUGGGUACACUGCAGUCCUGACAGUAAUUCUGCAAACUGCAUUGAAGAAAAGGGGCCAGUGUUCGACCUACCUACAGAUGAUUACAACGAGAUCCUCCCUUCAAAGACUGACCCUUUUCUGAUUCGAAAACGUCAGAACUUGAACGAUAUCUUCCCCCUUUCUGAGGACUACCCUGGCUCUGGCUCCGGCUCUGGCUCCAGCUCAGAAUCAGAAUCCGGAUCAGGAUCUGGAUUUGGGAGCAGCUCUGAGAAGGACUAUCCUGCUGAAAGACAGUGGGACUACCAACCACUAGAUGAAAAGGAUGCUUUCUAUUACAACCUUAGGCCCCUCAGGAAGAAUCUGCCCUUAGACAACCAGGCCUUGGGUCAAGAUGAUACAGAAGAGGAUUUUAUUAUAUAAAAGUCAGGGGUUUCCCACCUUGAUACCAGGCAAUGUAUUCAGUGUAUUUUGUGUACCAUGGUUGAAUGAUUAGUCUUGAGGAAAAGAGUUUUAUAAAAAAUUUAAAACAUCUGAAAAAGAACUUUAAUUUUUAAUCAUCUCUUUUUUCUUCAUAAAUUCUUAAAGGAUUAUUUACCAUGUAGUCCAAGCUGGCCUCAAACUCACAGUGAUCCUCCAAGUUAAUUCUGGAAUUGUAGACAUUUGACACCAUUCCCAGCGGCAAUACCUGCAUAUUUUGGUAUCAUAUUUGACCAACAUCAUUGAAAAUAACUAGACUCCCAUGUCUAUAAAACUGCUUUAAAGAAGUUAAUUAUGCUUUUUUAAAAAAAAAUCAGUUUGAGAAGCAAGCUGAUUGGCAGUAGUUCAUACCCAUGUCUUUAGGAACCUGACUCUGAUUGUGACUUAUAGUUAUACGCUUUUACUUAUGAUAAAAAUUCAAAUACAGUGAAUUUACAGAUUGAAUAUUUGAUGUGGUUUUCAGUGUGAAGGGGUCUUACUGUACUGUUACCACUGGAUGUGUUGAGAGCUAGUUGACAUUUACCUACAAGGAUGAUUGCUGUUACGCUCAGAAACUUAAAACCCUAGAUAAAGAAUAGUUGUCUCUUUGUUUUGAUAGUUGUUGUCUUAAUACCUCAUGCUUUCAUGCUUUAUUGCUUUAUCCUGCUUUCCUGGAUGUCUAUCUAUUUUCAAAUGUUCCUCUAUUAAAGCAGAAGUAUAACCAAA